AGUUGGCUAAAGGACUUCAAACUUCCGCCCACACGCCAAUCUGCGAUAAAAAUUUUAUUCACGUGACCCGUUUUUCGACGUCCAGUCUUACCAACUUCGGUUUAUGAUUGGAAGCUUUCCGUUUUUGCUUCUGUUUACAUUUUAUUUUCGUGCCCGGUUCGAUUCGUAUCUGUUUCAGAAUAACAUCAGAUAAACGUGCAACUUGUUACAUAUAUUGGAAAUGGAAACGAUUGAAAGACCUGAGCGAUCGAUUGUCGAAUAUUAUGCGGAACACGAGGGCUACAAGUGCGGUUAUUGCAAAAGCCCCGACACAAACGUUAGUCAUGGACUAUGGGCACAUGUGUUGACGGUGCAAGAUUAUCAAUGCCUAAUAGACAGAGGAUGGAGACGAAGCGGCUGCUAUUGUUAUAAACCUACAAUGAAUCAAACCUGCUGUCCACAAUACACAAUUAAAUGCGAAGCUUUAGAUUUUAAGAUAUCGAAAUCUCAGAAAAAGAUCUUAAAACGUAUGAGCAAGUUUCUAAGAAAUGAGUUGACUAACAGUGAUGCAGAUACAAGAAGAGAUUACCAUGAUAAUAUAGAUAUAAAUAACGAAGUACCAAAUUAUUCAAAGCAUCUUGCUAAAGCUCAGAAAAAUGCGUCAGAAAUCCAUGUUUCAUCCAUUGAUGAUGAAGUUAAUGGAAGAUUAUCUAUUGAUUCGGCAAAAGCCAAACCUGAGUGUUCUAAGAAGUCAACUUCUGUAUUAUCUAUUGAUUCAGUAAAAACCAAACCCGAGUGUUCGAAAACUUCAACUUCUGUAUCAAGUAAUCAGGAACAGCUGAACAAAUCUUCUAAUAAAAAUACUCUACAGAAAAUUAGAAGUGAAAUUACCGAUGCAGUUCCUUGCAAGAAAGCAAAACUGUUGCGAAUAGAACGUAAGCAGAAUAAAUUGUUAGCUCAAGGUAAAUCUCAAAGUGAAAUUGAGAGCAUUAUGAAAGAGAAGAAACAACAGAAUUGUGUUAAGACUGUGGAGGAAUUAUUUGAGGAAGUAUUGCAGGGUGGUGUGAAAAAGUUGGAGCUCAAACUGGUUCGAACUGCGCCGAUGAGCUCCGAAUAUCAAAAGACCUCGAAAAAAUCAUAUGAAAUUUAUAAAAAGUAUCAGACCACGAUACACGGGGUUCCGGCUGAGAAGGUCACAGAACAACAGUACACAAGAUUUCUCGUAAAAUCGCCGUUGCAGAUGAAAUUGGUGAGAGUGAUGUCAGAUGAGUUUCUUAGCAAUUUUGAUGUGAGCGCUAAUCUUUAUAAAAAAUAUCAAAUGGCAAUUCACGGCGAUUCACCAGACGAAUGUAAUCAAACGUCAUUCUACAAUUUUCUUGUAAAGAGCCCCUUACAGUCUUGGAUACCCAAUAAUGGUCCACCUCAAGGAUACGGUUCUUUUCACGAGCAAUACUGGUUGGAUAACGAAUUAAUAGCUGUCGGAGUGAUAGAUAUUCUGCCGUUGUGUAUUUCCAGCGUUUACUUCUUUUACGAUCCAGCAUAUAGUCAACUUUCUCUGGGAACUUUCAGUUCUCUGAGAGAAGUUUACUUGACGAGACAGUUGAACAAGGUUGCGAGCGAUCUGAAAUACUAUUAUAUGGGCUUUUACAUUCACACAUGUCCAAAGAUGCGAUACAAGGCCAGAAUGCGACCGUCGAAGCUUCUGUGUCCGGAGACAUAUGUAUGGUGUGACAUUGAGCCUUGUCUAGCCAAAUUAGAUAAAACAAAGUACAGUUGUCUAAAUGAUGAUCGUUAUGCCUGUGAUAUAGAUGGUGAUGUCUACAUGGAUGAUAUCGAUCAGGUGCUGAUUUUGUUCAACCAAAUUGCGAUGUCGUACAAAAGAUACAGGGAAUACCAGAAACCCGGUCAAGUAGUACAAUAUGACAACGAGGAUUUACACGACGAGGUGAAGGAGUAUGCCCGUUUAGUUGGACUGCCACUCGCGCGAAGAAUGUUGCUCUAUCGUCAUCGCCAUCUCAGAGAAUAAUCACUUUAUAUAUGUUAAAAUGUCAGACGAUAUAUUUUGAAAUAGAUUUUUCAUAGAAGAUUCUUUUCAAAAAGAUAAAAACAAAGUUUGUUUUUUCAAAAAAAAAAGAUUUUACAACAGAUCAAGAGAUAAGAAAUUAUUUAAAAAAAAACAUUAUUUUUUUUUUAGAAAUUUAUUGCUGAGCACAUUUUGUUUCAACAAGAUUAUCAAAACCGUCGAGAUAAUGUUAGACGUUAACUGUGUUAAAAAUCCGUCCAAUAUGACGGAUAAAGUUUCUCAAAAAGAUAAAAAGUUUUUUUUUUAAGACAAAAAACGUUGUUUAAGAAAAGAUUUAUUUUUCUAGCACUUUUAUUUUUUUUUGUUUAGAAAUUACUUGUUAAGUAAUAGUUAUGUUUUCACAAUGUAUUUGAUCAAAUAUGUUAUUUUCAAGAUAACAAUCUUAGACAAUUGUUUCAAGAUGACAGUGUAGACAUUAACCGUAUGUUAGAAAUUCAUUACAUGACAGAUGACAGAUUACACAUAAAAUUGCAUUCAUAUAUCAGAUAAUUAUUGUAUUGUGUUAAAUAAAACAACUACACAAAGUUGGGUAAAAAUUUUUUACAUUUAUUGUAUUACGCUUCCUUUAUUAAUUUUAAUUUAUCACAACCUGUCAAUCUUACACGUAGGAUGUCUUACUUUUCAGUAGGAUGUCUUACUUUAGUACAUCCGAUGUGCGUGUCAAUUGUAAAGAUAAUGAGAUAAAAUGAGGAACAUGAAGUUUUAAUAAACAAGAUAUAGAAAUUUGUGAAAAAGUUUGAGAAAACAGUUGUCGUGCACACAUGUAAACUUCAAUAAAAUUAUACAACGCUAACAGUUUUAACAAAUAUUUAAAAAUUGUAUUUGAAAUAUUUAUCUCAAAUA